CUCACGGCAGAAGAAGUCACGUGGGUACGGAGGCACUGGAGCCUGGCAGUCUGACCGACACUGAAUGAGAAAGCACUGAUUCCGGCCUGAAAAUGAUGAAGUUCCUGCCUAAACUGCUGCUGCUCCUGCUGCUGGCCUUCCCGGUCACCAUCCUCCUCAAAGGCCCGGGAGUGAGUGCCCAGGAUCCGACCGAGGAUGAGGAGGCCGACGCCGUGGACGAAGACGUGGUGGACGACGCGACGGCUGAAGACGAGGACGACGAAGCCGAAGUGGAAGACGACGAAAACACAGAGCUGACGGAGGAGAAGGACGAAGAGGAGGAGGCGCUGAUCGGCGAGGCGAAGGCUUCGCCCAACGCCGACACCACCAUCCUGUUCGUCAAAGGAGAAGACUUCCCGGCCAACAACGUAGUGAAGUUCCUGCUGGGCUUCACCAACAAAGGCCCGGAGAACUUUGUGGUGGAGUCUCUGGACGCCUCGUUCCGGUACCCCCAGGAUUACCAGUUCUACAUCCAGAACUUCACCGCCCUGCAGCUCGGCACCGCGGUUCCGCCCGGCAGACAGGCCACCUUCGAGUACUCCUUCAUCCCGGCGGAGCCCAUGGGAGGCCGGCCGUUCGGACUCGUCAUCAACCUGAACUACAAGGACGGCAGCGGAAACGUCUUCCAGGACGCCGUCUUCAACCAGACCGUCACCGUCACCGAGAGGGAGGACGGCCUGGACGGAGAAACCAUCUUCUUGUACGUCUUCCUCUCCGGCCUCGGGCUGCUCGUCAUCGUCGGCCUUCACCAGCUGCUGGAGUCCAGAAAGAGGCGGCGCCCGGCUCCUAAGGUAGAGACCGGAACGUCGAGCCUGAACGACGUGGACCUGAGCUGGAUCCCCCAGGAGACGCUCAACCAGAUCAUGCAGAGCCGCAGAGACAAAGCUUCUCCGAGAAGAUCUCCUCGCAAGCGGAACCAGAAACGCUCGGCCGGCUCAGACGAGUGACGGGCGGCGGCCCUUCAUCUGUCCGUCAUCGCAGGAGGAAGAGGAGGAGGAGGAGGGCUGCGAGCUCCAUGUGAGCGCGCUCAGUCUGCUGAGGAACUUUAACCGGUGCCAAGCUGGGCCUCGGCUGGCUCCACUUUCAGCUUAGAAACUGUCGAACAAAAACACACACACCACCUGACUGCUUUUCAUUCAAAGGGUUUUUUCUAACAGGAGAGGAAGAGUUUUAUUUUUCAGUCUGGGUGAGAAACUGCUGAAGUUCUCUGUGGGAGACGGCACUGAUUGUCUUUUUGUUGAUUACCUCUCACUGGGUUUCUGCUUACGUUUGAUUUUUUUUAUUUUUACUUAUCGUUUUUUGAGAAGGCGGCUGAUCCAGACUCUGUAGACAGUUCGUUUGGGGGCGGAAGACGAUGCGCUGGUUGGUUCAUUAGUCGCAGCUCUGCUCUGAGCCACAACCAAUCCAGUUCUUUUAUUAGAUUCUCGGUUUCUCUUUGUCUCCAACCUUCCUUCAGAUCUUCUCUCGUCUUUUCAGGAUCGUUGUUUUCCAGGAAUCGUUUCUCCACUGGGAAAGUUUACAGAUUAGUCCUGUUUUCCUUUAGCCUGGCAUGUUUUAGUGUUUAAAUUGGUGAGAAAUGAGCAGAAACAUGGAGGACUGGAGCGCUGCGUACAUCCGGAUCACGCCGUGUCGAUUAGUUGUUUUUGUCUCUCUUUCACAUAGAUUUCACCAAACAUCCUGAUAAUUGAUUAAAAAAACAGGAUAAGCUCUAAAAUGUUGCAGGUUUGAAAGAAUAAAGUGAACUCUGGUUCCGUUAAGUGAUUCUCUUGAACGUAACUCAUUGAAAACCAGAUUAUCUGGAAUAAAAUUGCGUUAAAGCUGCAGCCUGGCUGCUCCUUUGAUGAUGCGUUCAGGUUCAUCACGUAAUUUCAUGAAGCAUUUCAUCUGGCCAGGCUCCUGCAGGGCCGUGGAGGGGAAAUAUAAAGUGUUCCCUUUAAAUUCAGACUGUCUAAUAAUGAAUCUGGAUGUUUUUCACUGAACCGCUGCGUCUUUAAACCUGCUGAACGUUUUUUUUUCUACCUUCUGUUUGUGACUUAAUGACGUCUGGCCUGAGAUCAGAAGGAAGUCGUGACUGAAGCGGCGGAAACGCUGUUUCUGUAAAAUAAUGAAAGGGUCGGGGUUCACACUGUUUGCUUUGGGUUACCACUAGGGGGCGCCGCUUCUCUGCUGCAGAGUUUGGACUGUUGAGGGAUUUGAUUCAAACUUUUACUUUGAUUUGCUUUUAAAGAUGCAGAAAAAUAAACUUUGAUGAUUUGCUGUAA